UCAGGUGCUGUAGUGUUCUGUUACUCAGGUGCUGUAGUAUUCUGUUACUCAGGUGCUGUAGUGUUCUGUUACUCAGGUGCUGUAGUGUUCUGUUACUCAGGUGCUGUAGUAUUCUGUUACUCAGGUGCUGUAGUAUUCUGUUACUCAGGUGCUGUAGUGUUCUGUUACUCAGGUGCUGUAGUGUUCUGUUACUCAGGUGCUGUAGUGUUCUGUUACUCGGGUGCUGUAGUGUUCUGUUACUCAGGUGCUGUAGUGUUCUGUUACUCGGGUGCUGUAGUGUUCUGUUACUCGGGUGCUGUAGUGUUCUGUUACUCGGGUGCUGUAGUGUUCUGUUACUCAGGUGCUGUAGUGUUCUGUUACUCAGGUGCUGUAGUGUUCUGUUACUCAGGUGCUGUAGUGUUCUGUUACUCAGGUGCUGUAGUGUUCUGUUACUCAGGUGCUGUAGUGUUCUGUUACUCAGGUGCUGUAGUGUUCUGUUACUCAGGUGCUGUAGUGUUCUGUUACUCAGGUGCUGUAGUGUUCUGUUACUCAGGUGCUGUAGUGUUCUGUUACUCAGGUGCUGUAGUGUUCUGUUACUCAGGUGCUGUAGUGUUCUGUUACUCAGGUGCUGUAGUGUUCUGUUACUCAGGUGCUGUAGUGUUCUGUUACUCAGGUGCUGUAGUGUUCUGUUACUCAGGUGCUGUAGUGUUCUGUUACUCAGGUGCUGUAGUGUUCUGUUACUCGGGUGCUGUAGUGUUCUGUUACUCAGGUGCUGUAGUAUUGUGUGACACCAUGUGUAUUUUUUCCUCCUCAGUCACUUCCAGAGUCAGAGCACCCCACUAUAGAGAACAGAAUCUGCCCCGUGGAUGCAGCCACCCUGUACAUCCAGGCAGUGAAGACUCCAGCCCUGCAGACUGAGGCCUCGCUCUCAGAGAAACACACAGACAGCUUCAGCGAAGAGGCGAAGGACACUAUGUGGAAGAGCAGGAUAGAGCAACACAGGUAACUAUGUGGAAGACCAGGAUAGAGCAACACAGGUAACUAUGUGGAAGACCAGGAUAGAGCAACACAGGUAACUAUGUGGAAGACCAGGAUAGAGCAACACAGGUAACUAUGUGGAAGACCAGGAUAGAGCAACACAGGUAACUAUGUGGAAGAGCAGGAUAGAGCAACACAGACAGGAGCUGGACCAGGAGAAGAUUUACAGAGAGGCUCUAAGGAACAGAAUCAUUCCUCCUUAUUUCCGCUCAGAGAAAGGGGCAGGUUUCGAGUACUCGGAGGUCCCUGAUAUGAGAUCUCUGUCUCAGGACCUUCCUCCAUUCCCCAACACUCCCAACUCCCAGAACUACCUCAGAGAUGCCCCUCGGGAGACAGCAGCCCAGCGACCUUUGAACCCCACGCCCUCUCACGCAGCAGGAAGUGAUGCGCUGCCUAGGAGACCCACCAACCCCACCCCUCAAACUGCAGGGGACAGCUCUCAUGGUGUCUCUACAGUGAAGCAGCAGCAUGGUGGUGGUAUUGGGCCUGGCAGUACCCAGGUGGACGUGGCAGGGAACCCACGGAGACACAGAGUCAAGCUGCCAGCCUCCAUCCUCAGCUCCAAACCCUUCAGCGUGCCCAACCAGCAGUUCCUGUGUGUAGAGGAGCCGGUGAGGAGGAAGGUGAAGACUGUGUCUGUGACGGGGGGGCAGCAGCUCGCCCCACGGGGGUUUGAGCUCCUCCCAGCAGAGGUCCAGUUUGGGACCCUAAAGGAGGGCUGCAGCUACAGUGUCCUCGUGCUCAUGAAGAACGUGGGCUUCCACACCUGCAGGUUCAGUGUGAAACAGCCGUCCCCUGGUACUGGAAUCAGAGUCAUCUACACCCCUGGACCUGUGGCUGCUGGGAUGAAGACUGAGCUUCAGGUGGAGCUGCAUGCCAUGACUAUAGGUCUGGAGGAGUCUGCAGAGGGAGAGGUCUACAUCUCACACCACAUCCACAUCAAGACUGAGACUGAGAUCUUCUACCUGCCCGUCUUAGCUACCAUCCUCCCCGAGCGUCUGUAUGACACCAGGACCAAGGAUCAUACCAACGGGCUCCAGACAGGGGUAUCCAAGGUCCGCCUCAUCUCCUCCACCCCCUCAGUCAGACGUGGAGUGGUCCUCCCUCGCAGACCUCUUCUCUCCACCACCGGUGAAAUUGAAUCAGACGGAUUGAGACGACUUAUCUAAAACAACUUUCACCGUGCUUUGGGGUUUUAGUCACAUAUUGCCGUUGUUAGAUGGCUGUUAUAUAGAAUACAGCUUAGGAAUAAAGAACAGUGAUAUAACA